AUGCUUACAAAAUAAUUCCAAUUAUUGAGAAGCGUUGCAUUCUUUUCAAGAGUCAAAGGAGGUUUGGAUAGUGAAAUUUAUGUUAGGAAAUCUCAUAAAUUCUUACAUUCUAUUUAUAAGAAAGAAUCACCAAUUGAAAAUGCAUAAUAAAUUGUAAAGGAUUUUAAAUUGACUUUGGGAUAAAGGUACUAACAUGGAUUUGAACCUGAAGAAAUGAAAGAUGCAACUCCAUUAGUUCAAAAGGCAUUUGGACUUAAUAAUGCUACUGAUAGCUAAAUUGUAGCGUAUCGAAUUUAAUAAGCAAUUAAAAAAUAUCAAAAAUGGCCAUUGGAUACUGCCAGUGCAUUAGUAAAAGCUGCUGUUUUAAAUGAGAGAGUUAUCUCUUUGAUGAAUCAUAUGGAAAAAAAUAGAUAAGACAAAUAUUGUGCUUUGACACUUACAAAAUUAUUAGCAGAUAGAAGAAAGGCUAUGUAUUAUUUGAGAACUCAUGAUUAUUAAGGAUUUCUAUGGUUAGUUUCUGAUUAUGGUUUGAAAGAUCUUAAAUAUCAUAAUCAUAAAUACUUAAGACAUAGACAUAUAGCAGCAACAAAAAUUAAAAGAUAUACAAGAAAAGACACAAAUAGGACAAGAUGGGCAUUAUGA